UUGACUGUUCCUACUCAGUCGUGAAAUGAACUAGUAGAUAUCCACCACUUUUAUCAGUUAUCACUCAUGCGAAAACAUUUUUGUGUUUGUUUCGAAUAGAGUAACGAAUGUGUGUGCGUUUGGUAGAUUGCGCAUGCUGUGGCUGAAACAUACAAGUAGUUUUCAGUUACCUAUAAAGUGGAGUAUAGAAAAUGAGUCCUAAUAGUAACAGGGUGGCUGCCGAAAAAGCAAACGAGGAUGAAAAAACGAGCAGUAAUAAAAUACAAUCGAAAUACAGACCCUUGCCAGAGAAAAAAUUCGAACCGAGGAAUUCUUUGCUAACUGAGCUAUUCGAGAGUAAUCCGCACAUCAAAACAAUACACCACGUGUUCAUAGCAAUUUUGCUGUCUUUGUUUGUAAACACAGUGGCUCACGAUUACCUGAGAAAUGGGACGAUUGAUCUGGGUUUACGUUUCAUAUACAGAGGGUUUGGCCGUCUGUACGUAGCUAUAUUUGGAUGGCUUUUCUUUUUUACAACGACGUGUAUGUGUUACUUUUGUUUUAUGGUAUGGGGGAGAAUGAGGAUAAGUUUAUUCCCAAAAUCCAACAUCAAAACAUGGGACGCAAUGUGGCUCUUACCCCUCCCUGGCUACUAUGUGUUGACUUUCAGGAUAGCAGCGUUUAUUGUUACGGCAUUCCAGUUACCACCAGCUUCUGCAGCUAUUGUCCUCUUGGAACAGGUGAGAAUGAUGAUGAAAGUCCACGCUUUCAUAAGAAGCAAUGUUCCAAAAGUUUUAAUUAUUAAAACACAGUCCGAGGCACAGUUGCUUUUACCCUCGUUCCGGAAGUUCGUGUAUUUUCUUUUUGUUCCAACUUUGGUCUACAGGGACGAAUAUCCACGAACGCCUAUCGUGAGAAAGAGUUUUGUGAUGUACAGGGUGCUGGAAAUAGCCGGCGUCAUAUUCUUCUACAGCUUCCUGCUAAAUCGCUUCCUAAUUCCUGUUUACCAAGACUUUGGCAUCAGUAAGUUCACCUGGAACGAGAUAAUCAUCUCCAUAUUCGAGAGCGCCGUCGUGGGCAUGCUCAUCCUGCUCUCUACCUUCUUCCUCGUGCUCCACUCAGUGCAGAACGCUUUCGCCGAGUUGUUGCGUUUUGGCGACAGGAUGUUCUACAUGGACUGGUGGACCUGCACGUCGUUCUCCGAGUACUUCAGGACGUGGAAUAUUGUGGUUCACGACUGGCUAUACACCUACGUGUACAAGGACAUGUACGAAAUAAUCACGCCAAGGAACAAAAUGCUAAGCAAGCUGGCUGUGUUCGUGGUUUCCGCCGUGGUGCACGAGUGGGUAUUGACUUAUAUGUUCGGCUUCUUCUUCCCGGCAAUGUUCAUUUACUUCCUCUUCGGAGGAGCGCUUUUGAGCUUUGUUAAUGCGCCCAAAGGGACGGUGUUGAACGUGUUGUUUUGGUACGGGUUGGCACUUGGUUCUGGGAGCCUUUUAAGCAUGUACACCUUGGAAUAUUUCGCCAGGCUGAAUGCUCCCACAGGUGAUACUAGUUGGAAGGACUACGUUCUGCCGAGGUGGCUCACCUGCGAUUGUAUAGAAAAGUAGUCGUCUGGGUGGGUACGUUUUAAAUCUGUGAUUUGCAUACAAAUUAGGAGAAAGUACACUUCAGAUAUUUGCUGAAGCAACUUUAGGUCCUUUUUGCUGUUCCAAGAAAACUAACUUUGGUUCAAUUUUUUGUAUAGUAAAUACACGGAUAUUAAAUAUAGAAGUCUCAGACUACAUUUGACACUAGCUUAAAUUAAUAUGUAUGUAUUGCGAUUACAAAAUACCUCAAAGUUAGUUUAAAGUAAAAAAUCUACAAUAAUUUUACUUUGUGAUGAU